GCCGUUUUGCGUGCGAUCGACACCUGGGCACAGUAGUCGCAGCACACCUACUACUGAUGAUGUUGAGUUUUCCUUCGGGAGCACGCGUAUCAAAUUUAGCGCGCAUGUAACGCCGUACAACGCGUGAUCCCGACGAGAGACUCCCGAGGUCCACUUCCAACCAUAUACCAUUAACAGUAAGAAGUUCGUGAUCAUUAUUUCUUUCUGGAUGAGGAAUCAUCACUGCGGAAGUUAGCAAGCGUGUUGGUCUUCAGAACAGGCAUCGCGACUCGCAAGAUGCCGCCGCAAUGGUCCCUGGCCUGGCUCGUAAAGACGGGAGGGUAAUCAUUCAUUUCGAUUACGAUUGUUUCUAUGCCUCAGUGUUCGAAGCGAGCAACCCAAGCCUGAAAGACCUGCCUUUUGCAGUGCAACAGAAACAAAUCAUCGUCACCUGCAAUUACGAGGCAAGGAGAAGAGGUUUGCAUAAAUUACAACUCAUCACCGAUGCGAAACGAAUCUGUCCCGAUGUCAUAAUUGAGCUCGGGGAGGAUCUCACUCGCUUUCGCGAUGCUAGCAAGGACCUAUAUAAUUUCCUGAAAGAGUAUUCGUGGAAUGACAAAGUCGCACGCUUGGGGUUCGAUGAAGUAUGGAUGGACAUAACGGACAUCGUAGAUUACAACAUAGAGAUUCUCAACCAUCAGGAUCUCGGAAAUUCCUUCAUGCAGAUGUCCAAAACGGAUCCUACGCAGGGAUUCAGAUACAACGCGAACACGGUCGCUGGGCAUACAUAUCCCGCAGAUUAUCAACUCCACCAAGACUACGGGACCAUAGAAGGGGAACUUGCUCUUCGACUGCGUCUUGGUGGGCAUUAUGCUCGUUUCCUCCGACAUGAGCUCGAGAGGCAGAAGGGCUACACGAGUACUGUAGGCAUUGCGACUUCAAAACUUUUGUCAAAGCUGGUAGGGAAUAUGCGCAAACCAAAAAGCCAAACGACUAUGAUGCCCCCUCUGACGAGCAUUGAUGGCAACGAGAGCAACGUCACAUCAUUCAUUGAUGAUCACGAGAUCGGUAAAAUUCCUGGCAUUGGGUUCAAGCUUGCGCUACUUUUGCGAGCAGCAUUUCUGAAGAGAGAGCCCAAUUUCGACAAAAGUCUUAUAUACGGUGAAACGUUCGACAAAGUGGCGGUGCGAGAUAUUCGCACGCAACCAAAUGUCAACCCGGAAUCCCUCGAGAAGCUAUUGGGUGGCCCUGGCUCACCGCAUGGUAUCGGACUCAAAGUCUGGCAGCUUUUACAUGGUAUCGAUGACAGCGAGGUUGAGUAUGCCAGAACCGUUCCUCGCCAGAUCAGCAUCGAGGACAGCUAUAUACGGCUGGACACAUUCCCAGAGGUCCUCAAAGAGCUGAGAAUAUUAAGCAAUAGCCUCAUUUCCCGUAUGCGCAUGGAUCUGCUCACUGCUGUGCAAGCCACAAACGAUGAUCCCCUGGAUCCGACAUCUGAUGGUAGCUUGUAUGUGGCACAGACGAUGCCUCUGGGUGCGAAAAAAUGGCUUGCUUAUCCAAAGACAAUCCGCUUAUCCACCAGGCCGCGUCAACCAUUGCAAGCCGACGGGACACGAGUGCGCUCCUUCAAACGCAUUUCUCACUCUACGUCAUUGCCGACAUUCGUGUUUAACACGCACGAAAGUGUUGAACUCCUGGCGGAAAGGCUAAUCAAGGAGGUCCUCAUUACGAUGUUUCGCAAAUUGCACUCUGGCAACGGAGGUUGGAAUCUGAGCCUUAUGAAUCUCGCCGUGACGAACAUGGUGGAGACGGCAGGCGAUGGCAGAAGCGCAAUAGGAAGAGACAUAGCGAACAUGUUUCGGAGGCAAGAGGAUGUUCUAAAGGACUUCCGGGUCAUAGACACAGAGGUUCCUGACGCAUCGCCACGCAUCAAAGAAAAAAGCAUCACCCAAGCGGAAACUCAUACAUUUCAUGACGUGUAUGAUGGGGAAUACGAAGAGGCGUGGGAUGAAGAUGGAGAAGAGAGUGAUUCGUGUCAGACAUGCGAGAUGUGCAGCAUGCGCAUGCCGGCGUUUGCUAUGGCUGCACAUAGACGCUUUCAUUCAAUUGAGCUGCUUGACUGA